GCUCACCGGGUCCACGAGGACUCCAUUAGCUCCAAACCUUGGCCGUGCCGUCGCUUUACGGUGGCACUCAUCUCUACGUGGGGGUGGGAGGACGCGAAGGGAAGAGAGGGGGAACCUCCAGCUAUUGACUAAAAUGCGCUCAGGUCCCCCCCGUCCCUUUUCACAAAAUCGGGUGAGCGUGGGGAGCCCCCAGCCGGCAGGCCAGCUGGCGAGUACGCAUGCGCUCGCUCGCCCCCUCGCUCGCUCGCUUCCUACUUAAAGCGCCACGGCGGCGUGGGCGGGGCUUCGCUAGCGCGGUGACGUCACUGUGGCGGUGUGGGCGGGGCCUCCCUUUGAACCUGGUUGGCGGGAGCCGACGGCUGGGCAAGCAGCCUUGGCCUCCGGCCUGCUGGGGGCUUCUGUGGUAGCCGCCCAGCCAUGGAGCCCACCGCCGGGGACCAGAAGGAGAGUGGAGGAGGCUCGGCCACAGAGGAGUGCGCGAAUAGGAUCCCGGGACCGAGGCCGCCCUCCAUCGAGGAGUUCACCAUCGUGAAGCCCAUUAGCCGGGGCGCUUUCGGUAAAGUGUACCUGGGACAGAAAGGCGGCAAGUUGUAUGCAGUGAAGGUUGUCAAAAAAGCAGAUAUGAUCAAUAAAAAUAUGACUCAUCAGGUUCAAGCUGAGAGAGACGCACUGGCAUUAAGCAAAAGUCCUUUCGUUGUCCAUUUAUACUACUCACUGCAGUCAGCAAGCAACGUCUACUUGAUAAUGGAAUAUCUCAUUGGUGGUGAUGUCAAGUCUCUCUUACACAUUUAUGGUUACUUUGAUGAGGAGAUGGCUGUAAAAUACACUUCUGAAGUAGCACUGGCUUUAGACUACCUGCACAGACAUGGAAUCAUCCACCGGGACUUAAAGCCAGACAAUAUGCUUAUAUCUAAUGAAGGUCAUAUCAAGCUGACUGAUUUUGGCCUUUCCAAAGUCACUUUGAAUAGAGAUAUCAAUAUGUUGGAUAUCCUUACCACCCCCUCGAUGGCUAAACCUAAGCAAGAUUACUCAAGGACCCCAGGACAAGUACUCUCUCUCAUCAGUUCUUUGAGAUUUUUUACACCUGUUGCAGGAAAAGAUCAAGACUCUUCAAGCAUCCUUUCAACUCAUCAGUCUGAGCCACAGCUUUCUCAAGGAUUAACCUGUUCCAUGUCUGUAGAUCAAAAGGACCCUACUUAUUCUAGCAAGUUACUGCAAUCAUGCGAGUACAAAAGAAAAAAAGUGACAGUGGACCAGAAGGGACCCUCUGAUAACCUUGUACUCAUCCACAAGUUUGUCAGUUUCUGUGCCAGCAAAUCAGUGAAUUGUAGUAAUAAUAAGUUAAUGAUCGUUACUAAAGAAAGUGACAAGGCAUCAGGCUCUACAAUGAGUUGGAAUGCGAUUGAAAUGUUAGGUACAAAAUCUACAAAUGGCUUUGAGGCCAAAAGUUUCCACCAGAAGGAUCUGGAGUUAGCCCUUUCUCCCAUUCAUGACAGCAGUGCCAUUCCUGACACUGGAAGCUCUUAUGUAAACCUUCCUAAGAAAUGCUUCUCUGAGGAGGUUUCUUGGGAAGCAAGAGAAGUGGGUGCAAAUAGUGAGCACCUGGCUAUUGGCCUAAGACAGUCUGGUUCCCGUCAGUCAGAUCCCUGGAUUGUGAAUUCUAGUGAUGUGUCUGAAGAACACCUUGGGCAAAGAAACUUAAAAAGAAACUUUCAGUUGGUAGACUCUAGUCCCUGUCUGGAUAUUACACAAAGUAAGAAGAACUGUGUCCAAGAAUUCAAGCACAGUGAUGAAAUGAGCCAUUCCUAUACAAAUCAAGCUACAGGCAUGACUACUGAAGUCCAAAAUCUUAAGCUUUCAGUGUACAGAAGUCAUCAGAAUGACUGUGCUAAUAAGGAGAAUGUUGUCCAUUAUCUUGCUGAGAAACAAACACCAAAAAAAUUAUGUACACCAAUGGUAGCAAAAAACCUGAUGUCUGAGCUGGAUGAAGAUUGUGAAAUGACUAGUAAGAUGGACUGUCUUGGUUCUCAUCUUGUUUGCUCUGAUGAAGAAAAAGCUCCUGAAACUCUUUAUAUGGACUCAGAUUCAUCUCUCCCUGGGAUUUCCAUAAUGGAAAGCUCAUUAGAAAGACAGUCCUUUGAUCCAGACAAAAGCAUCAAGGACUCCUCUUUUGAGGAAUCACACGUUGAAGAAUCAAAUAAUGAAUCAAGUAUUUUAUCACCAAACUGCCUAGAAAGUUCCCUACCCAAAGAUGAUUGGCACCCUGGUUUCCAAGACAGUAACCAAAUGUUAGCUCCUCCAAAGAUGGUAAAAAUGUUAACCCUCUCAAAGAGAAAUGCUGUAGCUUUUCGAAGUUUCAGCAGUCAUAUUAAUGCAUCCACUAACUCCGAUCCAUCCAAAAUGAGCAUUGCUUCUUUAGAGACGAUGGAUAUUUCAUCCGCAUAUAGUGGCUCAUAUCCCAUGGCUAUAACCCCUAUGAAGAAAGGAAGAGCCUAUAUGCCACAUCAGACUCCAAAUCAGGUCAAGUCAGGAACUUCAUACCGAACUCCCAAGAGUGUAAGAAGAGGGGCAGCCCCAGUGGAUGAUGGGAGAAUUCUAGGAACCCCAGACUACCUGGCGCCUGAGCUCUUACUUGGCACCGCCCACGGUCCUGCAGUUGACUGGUGGGCACUUGGAGUCUGCUUAUUUGAAUUUCUGACAGGAAUUCCCCCUUUCAAUGAUGAAACACCACACCAAGUAUUCCAGAAUAUUCUAAAAAGAGAUAUCCCUUGGCCAGAAGGUGAAGAAAAGUUAUCUGAUAAUGCUCAAAGUGCAAUGGAAAUACUUUUAACCAUUGAUGAUAAAAAGAGAGCUGGAAUGAAAGAGCUGAAGCGCCAUCCUCUCUUCAGUGACGUGGACUGGGAAAAUCUGCAGCAUCAAGCCAUGCCUUUCAUACCCCAGCCUGACAAUGAAACAGACACAUCCUACUUUGAAGCCAGGAAUAAUGCUCAGCACCUAACCAUAUCUGGAUUUAGUCUGUAACAGGAAGACAUGCCUUUCCUCAAACUCUGUCCUAUAACCUUCAGUUAUUUGUUCCUUACUGCUAGACUGAUCUACAAAAGGGAUAAAAAUAUUAUUUUACCUGGGCCUAUGAGCUUUUAAUCAAUGUAUGCAACAGGUUUUACAGAGUUAAAGUGCUAUAAGGAAUAUAAUCAGUAAUUUAUCUUAAUCUUAAAAAUGUAUAUAAAUCUUCAAAGUUUUUUUUUUUCAUCUUAUUUAUUCAUAGCACUUUAUGAGGAUUAAAGUAUUAGUAAACUAGAAUGACACUACCACUAUAGAUAGAGAAUGAGCCACAAGCUUGUUGCUUAUCUGUUGAUUUCUGUCCACCAUUCAAUCGGGUGUUAAAAUAAUCUUUAAAAUGUACCGUUUCAUCUGAAUUGAAUUUACUUGCCCAUGAUUAUCUGUAAAAAUGGUUUCAAGGACAGUCAUUUAAGACAACAUGUAGCCUCGGAAAUAUAGCUGAGGCUGGGAUUACACCUGUAACCCUUCUGUAACCCUUAUACUUGGGAGGCAAAGGCAAGAGGAUGGCUUCAAGUUCAAGGCCAGCCUGGUCUACGUACUGAGCUGUAGGCCAACCAGAACCACAUAGUAAGAUCUCAGAAAAAUAAAUCAAAAAGAAAAGCCAGGCAUAGUGGCGCACGCCUUCAAUCCCAGCACUCAGGAGGCAGAAGUCAG